AAUUUAACAACAUUUUAUAUUAAUUUAUUAAAGUCAUUUCGAAAACUUCUUUUUUUUCCUUUUUGAUACAAAACAAUCUCAUGGUCAUUGAUAAAAGGAAUUAAUUAAUAUCGAUAAAACUACUACUACUACUGUUACUACUACUACUACUACUACUACUACUAAUAAUAAUAAUAAUAAUAAUAGUAAUCUUGAAUGCAUUCAUUUAAGAAGAAGGCAAUUAUAUUACUGUAACUGUUCAUCUACUUUAUUCUAUGAUGAAUACAACUUUCUACAAUUCAUGUAAGAAAAAAAUAAACAGUACACAAUGUAUACAGCUUUGAAGGCAGAAAAAUGUUAUUGAAAUAAAUAGUUCCCAGAAGAAUUUGAUUAAAAAAAAAUUAAAAAAAAUAAUUAAGAAUAACAACUGAAUCAUUUAGACAGAGAUCAAUUUUAUUGAAUUACAGUUCAUUUAUAUAUUACAUAACACAUUCUUAUUAUUAUUAUUAUUAUUAUUGAUACUUGUUAUUACUUAUUAUUUCAUUACAUAAUAGCAAUAUUAUUUUAACUUUAACAGUUCAUAAUCAAAAAGUAAAUCAUGUUGAAUGAAUUUGGCAAAUAGUCUAAUUCGUCAAUACCAUUUCGAAAUUUUCUCUUAAUUAAAAGAACUUGUGAACAAUGCCAGAACAGCCAACAGAUUAUCGUGUAGCUGUAUAUGGUUCAGGAGGAGUUGGUAAAACAUCACUUGUACUUCGAUUUGUACGUGGAACAUUCCGUGAGACAUAUAUUCCAACCAUAGAAGAUACAUAUAGACAGGUAAUCAGCUGUAAUCGGCAAGUAUGCACAUUACAAAUUACUGAUACUACUGGCAGUCAUCAAUUUCCAGCUAUGCAACGAUUGAGUAUUAAUAAAGCACAUGCAUUCAUCCUUGUAUAUUCCAUAACUAACAAAGCUUCAUUUGAUGAAUUACAACCAUUGUAUACUGAAUUAGCAUUAAUUAAAAUGGAUGAAUUACCAAAAAUACCAAUUAUGCUUGUUGGUAAUAAAAUCGAUGAAAAUGAUAAUCGAGAAGUUAGUCCAGCACAUGGUAAAGCAUUAGCACAAAAAUGGAAAUGUGGUUUUAUGGAAACAUCAGCUAAAUCAAAUUUAAAUGUGAAAGAAGUUUUUCAAGAAUUAUUAAAAAUGGAAACACGACGUAAUAUGACAUUAGUAGGUGAAAUAAAAUCACAUUCACGUUUUGUAUCAUUUUUUAAACGUCGUUCAAAUGAUACACAUACUAAUAAUACAAUUGGUGUUGUAAACACUGGUAUUAAUAAUACUAAUGGUACAAAUUUUAAUAAUUCUACAUCAAUUGUUGAUGUAUUAGAUAUGCCUAGACAAAUAAAUACAAUACAAGAACAAUCUAUUGCUAGUACAUCAAAAGAGACUAAAACUUCAUCAAAAUUAAAACGAUUUUUAAGCAUUAAAACUUAUUCUGAAUCAAUGGGAACAAUGAAAAAAGAUAAGAAUGAUGAUAUUGCAUAAACUUCAUUAUUUGUAUCGAAUCAUAAUGAUGCCUAUUCUGUAAAAAAUAAUUAUUUUCUACGCUUAAAGUUAUAGAUUAUUUAUUCAUUUAUAAAAAAAAACUACUUUAAAAGAAAAUUUGUUCCUUGUUUUAGAUUUGGUUAAAUAAAAUCAUUAUUUAAUAUAUUCAAAUUAUAUAUGAUGGUCGGUAUUCAAUAGAAUCCUUAAACUUCGUAUACAAUUCGUCUUGAUAGCCAUCACUAGAUAACGCCUCAACGGUAUAUUAAUUAGGAGGCGAAUACAAAGUGUUGAUUACGUUUAUUAUGGGACCACAGAUAGAUAUGCAAAAUUAUAGGUAUGUUAAGCAAACAUGAAAGAGUAGUGCCAAAAAGCAAUCAGGCAAGAGAGCGUGUCAGUGAGUUGGCGCAUACGAGUACGAGUAAGCGAGUACAAAUAAGUGAGUGCAAUGAACAUAAAUAAAAUGGACAUAUAUAUACAUAGUGAAAUGAAUGAAUCAUCGUAUCAAUUAAGCGACUAAUAGUAAGGCUAGCAGGCUGAAUAUAUGCGUAGGUAGUAAGCAAUGCUCAAGCAUACAUAAUAUUCUAAAUGUUACUGUGUUGUGUGCUACUUAUAUUGACAUAAGUAAUAUAUGAUUUUACUUGUGAAGAGAAGGUCUAGCAGCAGAGAGACAAGAGGAUCAAACAGUAAAGAAUGGAAACAAAAUGCAAUUUGUAUGAAAAUGCAAGAACAAUGAAGCCUGAG